AUGGUGACAUUUAAGGGGUACCUAAAUGAUCGACAUAAAAUGGCACAGAGAGUAUAUUUGGCCGGCAUUACGGAAUUAAGAAAUUAUAGGUGUGACGAAAAUUUUAAUAAUGUGACAAUUAAGCAAACGAUCAACAUAUUAUUAUAUAAUUGGAUAAUGGAUGAAAUCUUUUUGAUCAAUUUUUCUCUGCCUCGUUUAAAUUUAAUGGAUGACCAAAAAACAAUGCAGGCAAUCCAGGUAGUUCAACAAAGACAACCAAGACCGCGAUUCCAUUUUACGGAAGAGCACCUAUCAUUGUUAGAGGGCAUAUAUCAGCAAGCAAAAUAUCCUGAUAAAUCACAAAAAGUUAAAGCUGCUGCCGCCAUAGGUGCCACCGAAUCUCAAGUUAAUGAGUGGUUCCAACGAAGGAGAAAGAAAGAAAUGAAAUUACAAAGAGAAUCAGGAGUUACUAACACGCCAACCGCAACCGCAACCGCAACCGUUCCCUUUAUUAACGUUACCGCUGAAAAUAAUAAUGAACUUAAUACGGAAACCACCUCUACAUAUUUCCCUCCUUUUGAUGGAUCAGUAAACGCUUCAAUUCCGGAUCAUGAAGUUUAUGUGUAUAUAGAUGCUCCCCAGCAAAAUCAAGAAAACAUGUAUGGUAACUAUGGCAGUUCAAACAGUAAUGAUAACAACAUCAUAGCUAGUGUUAAAAUUGAUGAGGAAUCACGAAAAGCCUCAUCAUCAACAAGCUCUAAUCAAACCGCCGAGAACAAUGAAUCGAGGGAACUUAUUGCGAGCAUUAUGUCAUACUUGAACCCUGAUUUAGGUUUAAUAUCUGCUGAUGUAGUUAGAGAUUUUCUUAAAAAGGUUAAAGACACUUCCCCAAAUACGCGUGGUGUCAUCCUUCACAUUAUAAAACAAACACAUGAUUUGGAGAUUCUGAAAUCGCUUGUACGUGAACGCGUUAGUUAUAUAUUGAGAAAUUGGAUUAAAGAAGAAGCUACAAAAACUGAUGAUAGUAAUAAUUUAAAGGAAUUACUCGAAAUUGUAAGCUUGCUACCUAUAGAUUAUAAGUUGUCUCGUUCUAGUGGUCUUGGAACGGUUAUUUAUAACAAAAAUGUGAAAGAAUCUACUAUAGAUGGGGUAGCCAAGUUAGCUGGAGGACUUCUUGACAAAUGGGUCGAGGAGAAAAAACUAUCAGAAGAACUACAAUUAAAAGAACAAAAAGUAUUGGAAGAAAAGAAAAGGUUAGAUAAAGCGGAAAAGAUCGGUCAGAAGGUUGGAUCAAAGUCGGAUUUAAUAAAAUCAUCGACAAGUCAGACUUCGAGCGUUAAAGAAUUGGUGAGACCACCUAAACCUGAACAAAAAAGGAAAAAGGUUACUGAUGGAAACGCGCAAAAUGAUAAUGAAAAACCUAGUAUUUUCACUCAAUUGCUUAGCAACUUAGCUGCAUCCGCGUCAAAAAGACAAACUCCUAGACCACCUCAGAAGGAUCCAUCGAAAUUGGUACCACCUUCAAAACUUAAAAUUGAAAAACAGGUUACACAGAGUCAACAAAUGGAAAUCUCUGAAGAUGGUCCUUCAACUCAAAAACAUAAAGAAACAGAAAUAUUACCUAUUCCUUCUAAAAAAAGGAAGCGGGUCACAUUUGCUCCGGAUGGAUUACUUGAAAAAGUAAAAUUAUUUGAAACAAUGGAACUUGAUGAUACCGAUGAGGAACAUACUACGGCCGAUACUCCACAUCACUACGGAAAUGCUCGAGAUCUUGAUAGGAAUGAAGGUCGCGCGGCUUUCAAAAGAGUUCGUAAAGCACCAGCUAUUCAGUGGCAUACACCGAUUACAAUUGAUUUCUCAUCUCGACCAAAAAUAAAAAAACGAAAGGUUGCUGAAAGUGAUGAAGCUAGAAUUCAAGAAGAAAGAGAGAGGCAGAUACUUGAAACAAUAUAUAUAACUUCAGAUCAAGUUCCUUUCUCUCCCGCAGAACCACUUCAAAAUUCUCAAAUAAAUAAAUUUAAUCAAUCAGUAUUACCAAAGGAAUUAUUUCUUGAAGAAAAUAAAGAAAAUUUUAAAAAUGAUGGUUAUAAAGAUAUUGAUAUAUUGGAUUUGAAUGGUGGCUAUAAUGAAGAAGUAUUGCGAGUACUUUAUCAAAUUUAUCCGCAAUGGGAAGCGAUGCAAAAUAAAAAGUCAAUGAUGUUCCCAAUUAAUGUACCAGAACAAAAUGUAAGGGGGAUGAUUUUCUCGGCGCCACCGCCACAAUCUCAAGCCGCACCACCACUACCGAUUGCUCCUUGGGGUUUCAAUGGAAAUACUUAUGAAACUGAAUUGAAUGAGUAUGAUAAGCAAUUCGAAAAAUUGUUAAAUGAAUUAUCUUGGGAUUUAGAAAAUGUUAAAAUUCAACAACAGAGAGUCAAUGCAUUAGUAAAUUGUCCUUUUAAUCCAGCACACAGGAUUCCCUCAAAGUCCUUUGAACGGCAUUAUCGGAAAUGCGAAUUAAAAUUUCAUGGAAUACACAGUGAACUAGGAAGGCGAAAGCAAUUACCAAGUUCCAACUUUUAUUACCAAAAUACCACAUCUGUCAUAUCUUUAAAUAAAGAAAUCAAAGAAGGAUCUUUACCAAACAAUAAUGUUCAGAGCUUAACAGUUGAUCAAAGGUUGCAAGAAUAUGAGAGUGAAGUUGAAAAAAGUAAUCAAAUUCGUGAACAACUUCAACAGGAAAAACAAGAUUUAUAUCAAAACUUUGAUCAAGUUUGGGAAGCCGUACAAAAAAUGAAAGAACAGAAUCAAGGACACAAAACACGGGAAGAAUUAUUAGCGGAACAACGCGAUUAUAAACGUAGAAGAAAAUCAUACAGGGCAAAGAACAUUAAGAUCACCCAAAGAACACCCACACAGAUCCAUAAAGACUUGAUUGAGGCUUAUAUGGAAGACUUUAAAUUGUUGACACAAUUUGAAAUGAAUAAACAGGAUCAAAAUGAGACAGCUUCGCCACCGAAUCCUUCGCGAUAUCCAUAUUAG